AUGACAACCUUACUUAUCGACAACUACGACAGUUUCACUUACAACGUAUACCAAUAUUUAUGCUCUCAAGGCGCUGAUGUCGUUGUUUAUCGCAAUGACAAAAUCACCAUUGAUGAAAUCGAGAAACUCAAUCCUCGCAACAUUGUCAUUUCUCCUGGACCUGGUCAUCCUGCUCACGAUGCUGGCGUCUCUCGCGAUGCCAUUGCCCAUUUCGCUGGUAAAAUUCCCAUUCUAGGUAUCUGUAUGGGCUUGCAAUGCAUGUUUGAAGUCUAUGGCGGUACUGUGUCUUAUGCUGGUGACAUUCUCCAUGGCAAGGCAUCUCCAAUUAAGCACGAUAGCCGUGGUGUCUUUAAGGGUGUCCCUCAAAACAACAUGGUUACCCGCUAUCACUCCUUGGCUGGCAUGCCAUCCACUAUCCCCGAUACACUUGAAGUUACUUCUACUACAGACGACGGUGUCAUUAUGGGUGUCCGUCACAAGGAAUACACUGUGGAGGGUGUCCAGUUCCAUCCCGAAAGUAUCUUGUGUGAGAAUGGCCAUACCAUGAUCCUCAAUUUCUUGAAUUUGAAGGGUGGCACUUGGGAAGAGAACCCUGGAGCUGGCGUCUUGCCCAACAAGUUGAGAUCCUCCCAGAGCAGUGAAACACCCAAGAAGCCCGCUGCUCCUGCUGCUGCCCCUGAAGCUACGGCCGCUGCUACCAGUAGCACAAAUGAAGCUGCUCCUUCCAUUUUGACCCGUAUCUAUGCUCAACGUGUCAAGGAUGUCGAAAUUGCCAGAGAAAUUCCCGGUCAAAGCAUGGAGGAUUUAGAGAAGCUGCUGCAGUUGCAUGUUGCUCCUCCUCUCCAAGAUGUUGUCGCUCGUUUGAACCAGCAAAAACCAGCUCUUUUAGCUGAAGUCAAGCGUGCCUCUCCCUCCAAAGGCAACAUCGAUGCUACUGCGAAUGCCGCUGAACAGGCUCUGCAAUACGCUUUGGCUGGCGCAAGCGUUGUCUCUGUCUUGACCGAGCCAAAGUGGUUCCGUGGCACUAUUCAUGAUAUGCGUCAAGUGCGUGAAGCCAUUACCCAUCUGCCCAAUCGUCCCUGUAUCUUGAGAAAGGAUUUCAUUGUCGACCGUUAUCAGAUUUUAGAAGGACGUGUUUAUGGUGCCGAUACAGUGCUGUUGAUUGUAGCCAUGUUGAGCGACGAGAAAUUGCAUGACCUGUACAACUACUCCAAGUCGCUUGGCAUGGAGCCCUUGGUGGAGGUGAACAAUGCUGAAGAAAUGGCCCGUGCAAAUGCCCUUGGCGCAAAGGUCAUUGGUGUCAAUAAUCGCAAUUUGCACAGCUUUGAUGUGGACAUGGAAACGACAUCUCGAUUAGCUGAAAUGGUGCCAGCGGGUACUAUCUUGUGCGCUCUCUCUGGUAUCACUGGCAGAGCAGAUGUGGAAAUGUACGUCAAACAAGGUGUCAGCGGUGUGCUUGUGGGUGAAGCUUUGAUGCGUGCCUGGAAUUUGAAAGAGUUUGUCGCUGAUUUGCUUGGUCUUGAAAAGAAAGAUCCUGUUGUUAGUAGCAAAGACAGCAAGCAAUCGCUCGUCAAAGUGUGUGGUAUCUCAUCUGUUGAAGCAGCUACUGAAGCAGCCAACGCUGGUGCUGAUCUCAUUGGCCUCAUCUUUGCUGAAAAGUCCAAGCGCAAGGUAUCUAUUGAAACAGCCACUGAGAUUGUGAAGGCUGUUCACUCUGCGCCACCCAAAGCUGUCAAGAAGCCCUCGUAUAACACACCCUCUUCUGACUGGUUCGAGAUCCAUCGUCGUUUGUUGGAGAGUCGCACGAGAAGACCUUUAGUGGUUGGUGUGUUUGUGAAUCAAUCAGUCGAGUACAUGUCUCAAGUUGCUAUAGAAGCUGGAUUGGAUCUCAUUCAAUUGCAUGGCACUGAGUCUGUGGAAUUAGCUCGCUACUUGCCGGUGCCUGUGAUCAAGGCAUUCCAUAUCGAUAGCGCUUCAUUCAAUCCUGCUCAGAUCUCCAAUUUGACACAACCCGGUGGCCAUCAAUACGUACUUUUGGAUGCCAAGGUUCCUAGUUUGCCCUCAGACCAGCAAGGCGGUCAAGGCGUCAAGUUUGACUGGAGCAUUGCAGAACAGGUUGUCAACCACAAGCAAUUUGAAUUCCUAGGUAACAAAGAUUUCCCUGUGAUUUUGGCUGGUGGGCUUGAUCCUUCCAACGUGGCCAGUGCCAUUCACCAAGUCAAGCCUUGGAUUGUGGAUGUGUCAUCUGGUGUUGAAACGAAUGGCGUGAAAGAUUUAGCAAAGAUUCAUGCUUUUGUUGAAGCUGCCAAGUCAGUCAGCCACUAG